AUGCUGGUUUAUCAAGGAUUCACACUUUUGUGUAUUUUUGCAGCCGUACUAGCGCUUCCUCGGAAGGAUUUAUCUUGUGAGUUUUUAAGAAGACACUGUUUACCAAAACAAUCCUGGCUAGUAAAUAAGCCAGAUAAUUAUGAUGCUAAUCUAGACAGCACAUUUCGCGGCGGCAACAGCCUAGAAGAUGAUUAUACUUCGGAAGAAGCAGUUACAAAACCACUACCAGGAAAACCGACGUCAAACGUUUCAUCUACAACGGCUGAUUCGGUCAGUUCCCUAGAAGAUGACGACGGACCACUUGUUUGCGACACGAACUCAGUCUGUUUCAGCGAUUCAGACUGUUUUGGAGGAAAAUGCGUCGGUUUGGGUGUGAAUAGAUGUGCUUGUCUAUCAUGUGUUUCGGGAUCAAUAUGUUCUGCUACAUACGGUUGCGGCGGGCUGAAAGAUGCAUGUAAUUUAGCAACGAGUGUAUGUGACUGUGAAAAAGCGUUCAAAAGAUAUGGCUAUAAGUCAUAUGGGGAUGCGUUGAACGACCUGUGCAAUAUUCGUUAUUGUGUACCAGAUACAGACUCCUGUUUUGGCAUGCCGUGCAACCCAGGGACAUGUGAUAUUUCUCGGAUUUGUCGGAACAUCUGGAGUUCUUUAUUGGUGUACGGUGUUCAAGUGCUGUCGCAGACAGUGGCUGAAGACCCUGUUUCGGUCCAAGCUUUCUUCGGAAAUCGACUGGAGAUGAAAGGCUUGCAAAUUUCCAGGGCUGAAUAUAAGGAUGCGGCACACAGCAAAUUGAAAAAAAUAUCAAAUUUUGUUAUACUACAUGGCCAAGAAUUACUGCUGGGUAGCGCUCAAUCAAUAGACUAUACUUUUCUUGCAUUGCAAAGUCAUCUGUGUUUGUCAAAACAACAUAUGUAA